GGUAAUUAUGCCCAAACCCUACUACUCAAAACGAUUCUCUUUCUCCCAAGCUAGCUCCCGGCGGCGCACCGCUUCCUGCCUUCCUCAGUUCCUAGCAGCUGCAAACCCAACAUUCAAGGGCAUGCUUUAUCAACUGAAACAAUUCAUUCUCUUAUUCAGUAUCUAUUUUUGUUCUCGUUGUAAUGCAUUUUUUAACAGACAGGUUUAUUACAGACGAGACCCUGCUUAUCUUGCCGUGGUGGGAAGUUUAAGGAACCACUAAAUGAUUUUGAACAGGUAAAAAAGAUUUGUCCCAAUUAUCCUGAUGCUACCAAGAAGUUAAAAGAAUGUGAAAUUAAAAUUUGAAGAAGCAAUAGCUGUACCUGAGUCUGAGAGGCGUUCUGUUGCUGACUCUAUUGACUAACACACCUUAGAACCUUCAAAAGAGAAAAAAAUGAGUUUGAUAUCUCAAAAUCCAGUCUCUAGAAACAGAGUGAAGGCUAAAAGGGAUGAUGAUGAACCUUCAAUUCAUGAAGAUAACAAAGAUAUUGAGAAUGGGCUGGAACCUGAUUCUGAAAUCUCUAGGUUGAAAAAGAGAAAGAAAGAAAAGGAAAAACAGAUUGAGAUUGAGCAAGAGAAAGAAAUGAGAAAGCUUGAAAGCUUUCUUUUUGGGUCCAUAUAUUCCCCUGUUAAAUUUGGUAAAGAAGGUGAGGAAAAUGCUCAAGAUGUUGCUGAAGAUGGUUCUGCUUUAUUCUUUUUCGACAGUUCCACGAAUAAUGUGGAAUUGUCUGAGCAAAGUGAUUAUGAAGAGAAGAGUAAGGAAAGGAAAGCUGUUUGGGUGGAUGAGGAGGAGGAAAGAACCGCAAUAAACAUAGCUAAGGUUAAUAGGUUGAGGAAGUUGAGGAAGGAAGAAGAUGAGAGUGUGAUUUCUGGUUCUGAGUAUAUUUCUAGAUUGCGGGCUCAGCAUGCUAAGCUGAACCCAGGGACGGAAUGGGCAGAGCUAGAUUCAGGAUUAAGGAAGGACAGUACUUAUGAUGAUGAAUCAUCUGAUGAAGAAAAGAGUGUAGUGGCAGCUUGUGGUUAUAGAAAUGUUGAAGUUGAUGAUGAUAUUCUUAGAACAAGUGAAGAUAUUGUGGUGAAGAGUAGGGCUAAAUUGUUGCCAGGGCUUCUUGAGUUUUCAAGACUUGUGGGCAAUGCUGAGGAACCUUCCAAUGGUCCGAUAAAUUCAGUUCAUUUCCAUAGGAAUGCUCAGUUACUACUUGCUGCUGGAUUGGAUCGGAGGAUCAGUUUUUUCCAGAUUGAUGGUAAGCGGAAUAGGAAAACACAAAGUGUCUUUCUUGAAGAUUGUCCUGUUCGAAAGGCAUCUUUCACACCUGAUGGUUCUCAGGUCAUUAUAGCAGGGAGGAGGAACUUCUUGUACUGUUUUGAUUUAGUGAAAGCAAAAGUUGAUAAAAUAGGGCCAUUGGUUGGUAGGGAGGAAAAAAGCUUGGAAGUUUUUGAGGUUUCCCCAGAUUCUACUACGAUUGCAUUUUUGGGAAAUGAAGGUUAUAUCUUAUUGGUUUCAUCCAAAACAAAGGAACUGAUUGGAACACUUAAGAUGAAUGGAACUGUCCGUUCUCUAGCUUUUGCUGGUGAUGGGAAGCAAUUAUUGAGCUCUGGUGGGGAUGGACAGGUCUACCACUGGGACUUGAGAACAAGAACUUGCUUCCAUAAGGCUGUUGAUGAUGGCUGCAUUAAUGGUACAGCUCUUUGCACAUCACCAAAUGGAAGAAUGUUUGCAGCUGGUUCAGACAGCGGGAUAGUGAACAUUUACAACAGAGAUGAAUUUUUGGGAGGUAAAAGAAAACCAAUCAAGACUAUCGAGAAUCUAACGACCAAAGUAGAUUUUAUGAAGUUUAAUAGUGAUGCUCAAAUACUGGCCAUCUGUUCUACAAUGAAGAAAAACAGUUUAAAGCUGAUACAUGUCCCAUCAUUUACCGUCUACUCUAAUUGGCCUCCAUUGAAUAAGAACUUACAUUAUCCCUGCUGUUUGGAUUUCAGUCCCGGUGGUGGUUUCAUGGCUGUUGGAAAUGCUGCUGGCAAAGUGCUAUUAUACAAGUUGCAUCAUUACAAUCAUGCAUAGAGCGGAUAUUCAACUCUACUUGUUUGAAGCAUCAUGUACUUGUGUAAGGGGAGAAUUCAGGUGCAAUAUAGUUUCAUCCCUUCUCUACAUCAUGCAGAAGGCACACCAUAGCCAGCAGUUUAACAACAUUUUCUUUCUUUUUCUGUUGGCUUUUGAUUUUGAAUUAUAAACAAUGGUCAAAGAGCCAAAAUUUUGGACACAAUAGCUUUAACCUAGUUCUUAUAAAUAAUUCUGUUUUAACUUUAUUUUUCUUCAAUUUUCUUUUGGAUUCUGCCUAUCAAACACUGUGGAAGAAUAAUAAUUUUUGUGCCUCUUACCAAAACAAUAAAGUCAUAGCAUU